UGGCGAUUGGGUGGUGCAGGCUGGAGCCACCGGUGUCUGAGCGCUCCCGGGCCAUGGCCUCGGGUGGCUGGCGCUGGCUGCGUGGCCUGUGGGCCGCGGGGCAGCCGCUGUUCCAAGGACGGGCGCUGCUCGUGACCAACACGCUGAGCUGUGGCACUCUUAUGGCGGCCGGGGACGCCGCGCGCCAAACCUGGGAGCUCCGCUCUCGGCCGGGCCAGAAGUACGACCGGUGGCGCUCAGCAAGGAUGUUUGCGGUGGGCUGCAGCAUGGGUCCCUUCCUGCAUUACUGGUACCUGUGGCUGGACCGGCUGCUCCCCGCUUCCGGCCUCCGGGGCCUCCCAAACAUUCUCAAGAAGGUUCUCGUGGACCAGCUGGUGGCCUCCCCAGCGAUGGGCGUCUGGUACUUCGUGGGCAUCGGCUGCCUGGAGGGCCAGACGCUGGAGGAGAGCUGCCAGGAGCUGCGGGACAAGUUCUGGGAAUUCUACAAGGCUGACUGGUGCGUGUGGCCUGCUGCGCAGCUGCUCAACUUCCUCUUCGUGCCCCCCCACCUCCGAGUCACCUACAUCAACGGACUGACACUGGGCUGGGACACGUAUCUGUCCUACCUGAAAUACCGGAUCCCAGGACCUGGCACAUCCCCAGGCUGCGUGGCCCUGGGCACGGUGCAUACUGAGCUGCCCUCGUCGCAGUCCGGAUGCCAGGCAGGGCAAGACUGAACAUGUGCCCCCCCCUCCGCCUGGGGGAAGGAGCCCAAGGACCUGGACAAGGGGCGGGACUGGCCCUCCACAGCCCAGAUUCGGACUCAGUUUCUCCAUCUGAACACACCCAUCAAGGUGGUCCAGCCCUCAGUGGGCGCCUCAGCCAUGGGUGACAGGCAGCCGAGUUCCCAGUACUGCUUGGGACCAGGGUGGGAGUGCUGACGUCGGCCCUCACCCCGAGCCCAUGCACCCGGACUGAAAAUGCAUUAAAUUCUCUGGUGAUCGUGGA